CAAAAAACUCAACCCCAUUUUUAUUACCUUUUGUACAAAAAAAUAUAUAUAAAAAUGGGGAGGAUCAAAGAAGUGAUCAUAACAUUUUUGAACAACAGAUGGCUAGUAUUUGUAGCAGCAAUGUGGAUACAAUCAUGUGCAGGAGUGGGAUACUUAUUUGGAAGUAUAUCACCAGUUAUAAAAAGCUCAUUAAAAUAUAAUCAAAAACAAGUAGCAAGAUUAGGUGUAGCUAAAGAUCUUGGAGACAGUGUUGGUUUUUUGGCUGGAAGCAUGUCUGAAUUAUUACCAUUAUGGGCUUUGUUACUUGUUGGUGCUAUUCAGAAUCUUGUUGGUUAUGGUUGGGUUUGGCUUGUUGUUACUGGUAAAGCUCCUAUGUUGCCAUUGUGGGUUAUGUGUGUUCUCAUAUUCGUUGGAACCAAUGGUGAAACAUACUUCAACACAGCAGCUUUAGUUUCAUGUGUUCAAAACUUUCCCAAAAGCCGUGGGCCUGUUGUAGGCAUUCUAAAGGGAUUUGCAGGGCUAGGUGGUGCAAUCUUGACACAGAUAUAUGCAUUAAUCAAUUCACCAGAUAAAGCCUCAAUUAUAUUCAUGGUUGCUGUUGGGCCUACGAUGGUGGUCAUUUCCCUGAUGUUCAUUGUUAGGCCAGUCAGAGGACACAGACAACUUAGACUCUCUGAUGGAUCAAGUUUCUCGUUGAUUUACUGUGUAUGUCUCAUUUUGGCUGCUUAUUUAAUGGGGGUUAUGCUUGUGGAAGACUUGAUUGAUCUGAACCAGACCAUAGUCCAAAUUUUCACAGCAAUUUUGUUCGUGCUCUUGGUGAUCCCAAUUGGGAUCCCUUUAUGGUUAACUUUUUCAUCUGACCCAAGAUCUCCUGAAGAAGAAGCUCUUCUAUCUGAGCCACAAAAUAAAGAACCUGAAACGUCACAUGAUCCACACGAGAUUAUAUUCAGUGAGUUGGAAGAUGAGAAGUCGAGUGAAGUAGACUUGCUUCCAACUUCAGAAAGGCAAAAAAGAAUAGCACAACUACAAUCUAAAUUGGCACAAGCAGCUGCAGAAGGGGCUGUGAGGAUUAAGAGGAGAAGAGGCCCACACAGAGGCGAGGAUUUUGACCUCACACAAGCAUUGAUCAAGGCUGAUUUUUGGCUCCUUUUUUGGACCCUUUUAUUAGGAUCCGGUUCAGGUUUGACAAUUAUCGACAAUUUGGGGCAGAUGAGCGAGUCUUUGGGAUACGACAAUACACACAUUUUUGUUUCCAUGAUCAGCAUUUGGAACUUUUUGGGCCGUGUUGGCGGAGGCUAUGUCUCUGAAAUUGUUGUCAGGGACUACGCCUACCCAAGGCCAGUAGCUCUGGCUGUUGCCCAGGGCUUAAUGGCAAUCGGGCAUUUGUUCUUUGCCAUGGGUUGGCCUGCUGAAAUGUACAUCGGUACCCUUUUGAUUGGACUAGGAUAUGGGGCUCAUUGGGCUAUCAUACCAGCUACAGCCUCCGAGUUAUUUGGACUAAAAAAGUUUGGAGCUUUAUACAAUUUCCUCACCCUGGCGAACCCUGCUGGCUCACUAGUCUUAUCUGGGAUCCUAGCUAGCCAUAUAUAUGACUCUGAAGCUGAAAAACAAGCUCAGCUACACCAUCGACACAUCACAAAUUCAGCUUCAUUUUUGACAAAGCUGUUUGAAACAGAUGAUACACUUAAGUGCUCAGGCUCAAUAUGCUUCUUUUUGACUUGCAUGAUAAUGUCGGGACUCUGUAUCGUUGCAGUUAUACUAAGUUUGAUACUUGUGCGCCGUACUAAAGUUGUCUACCAGCACUUGUACGGUAAAUCUCGGUAAAUCUUUAAAUCACUUCCACGUACUUGUUUCUCAUAUUUCAAAAUGUUUGAUUUUGUAAUCAUGAAUUCUGUUUGUAUAUUGUUAAUUGCCGGUUUUAUUCAAAACAAUGUUUUGGAUUGAA